GGUGGGGAAUCUUUGCCAGGCCUAAGCCAAUAUUUAAAAGAUAGAAAAUUUCACUAGAUGGAAAAGUCAUGCAUUGAUGAUUCUGAAAUUCAAGUCAACCAUAUUAACAAGUGAAUUUGCAUAAACUAAGGAGAAAAGCAGCCAGGCUUCUACAGACAGGAAAAGAGACUGGAACUUUAGAUAUGGGAAAAGCAAGCAGAUGGAUAACAAACUUCCUGGUAGGAAGAAAGGAGAAAGAGAAGAAAGAAACUACUUUAUCUUUUCCUGAAGAACCCUUCAAAAAGAGAUGGAGUGAUGAGCAAAAAUCAGGAAGCAAGGAGAGCGCUCACAGAAAAUAUAGGUAUCUUGAUUCAAUCUCUGCCCCUUCCCUUGUCGCAGCAGCAACUGGAGUAACUACUACAAAAAUUCUGAUAGCUGCUGGUUUACACAGAGCAGCCGAAGAUGUAGCUGCCACUAGGAUUCAGGCUGCCUUUCGUUCUUAUCUGGCAAGGAAAGUAUUGCGUGCUUUAAGGGCAUUGAUAAAGUUGCAAGCACUAGUUAGGGGUCACCUGAUUCGUGCUCGGUUUCGGAGAAUUGAGAUGCCGGAGGAAUCUCAAAUUGUUCUUAAAAGCCAAUUAUCCAGAUAUGGCAAUUUAUCCCUUGAGAAAAGUUUCAGAAAAGCUCAUAAAGAAGCUAUUGAUAAAGAUCUGUUCCAAAGGCGACAUUGGCAGAACAGAAAUCGUUUUAUGAAUCAUGCAGAAGCAGAGAGGAUAAGGCACGGUUUCACCACAUACCAUUCUGAGGAUCUUUCAGUCUCAAGAAGAUGGGAAUGUCAACCGGAGGAAUUUUCUGCCACAGCACAUAGUGGUCCGCUGUAUUCUGUGGCAGGGCUCGAGGCAGCUUGUGGAAGAGCUUCCUUCAAUUGUCAGCAGCGGGGCUAUCCAAACCUACCGAAUUACAUGCUCAACUCACGGUCCUCCAAGGCCAAGGUCAAUGUCUGGUAACAGAGAGAGCCAAAGCAGUGACCUAGAAGCAGCAAGAAGGAAAGAGAACAGCUUCAGUUGAAUUAAUGAAUGUCAUUCAACAAAAGUCAUCUCUGUUGCAAGACUGAAACAACUCAAUUAAAAGUCAAGAUCCCUG